CUUACUGGCUUGACCUUGAAUUAGUGCUCAUCCACACAGAAGAAUGGACUAACAGAUGAAUGGAGGAUAGAGAUCUUGUCACUCCAUAUUAUAUACAAGUAGAUACCUGCAUUGUGAUGCACCAGCAACCAUAACCCAAAUCCAUGACUACAGACAAUGUCUACGUUCUCUUCUUCUUAUUGGCCUUCCUAUGCAUUCAACUGAUAAAACCCAACGUCUGCGACGGAGCUCUAACCUCAGGCUGCAUCCCUGCAGAAAGAAGUGCUCUACUUGAGUUCCAACAAGGCCUGAAAGAUCCUACCAACAGGCUGUCCUCUUGGGUGGGUGAAGACUGCUGCAAAUGGGAGGGUGUGACUUGCAGCAAUCAUACUGGGCAUGUCGUCAAGCUGGACCUCCAGAAUCCGCAUCCUUUGUCCGAUUUUGGUGACGAGCCAUACAACAACUGGACCUUAGGAGGUGAGUUGAGGCCUUCUUUACUUGGUCUGAAGCACCUAAAGUACCUGGACCUAAGCACCAACAAUUUUGGAGGCAUUAAUAUUCCAGAAUUCGUGGGGUCAUUACAUCGACUCCGAUAUCUUAACCUCUCCAGUGCUGGAUUGGGUGGAGUCCUGCCUCACCAGUUGGGUAAUCUCUCCAAUCUGCAGUAUCUAGACUUGUCCAAUGACUUGGAUCACAGUUUUGUGGUUCCGGUCAAUGAAUUUAGCAUUGGUGAUGCACUGUGGAUUUCUCACCUUUCUUCUCUAACGUAUCUCAACCUGAAUAACGUUAACUUUCAAAAUGGUGCUCACUGGCUGGAAGCUCUGAACAUGCUUCCUUCUAUUGUCGAGAUAUACUUAUCUCUCUGUAAAAUUCAAAGUGUUCCUCGCUCUCUUCCACAAGUAAAUUUUACAUCACUGUCUGUUCUUGAUUUAUCUGAGAAUUUCAUUAACUCUACAUUACCCCUUUGGUUAUUCAACAUAAGUGGCCUCGAGCACCUUGAUCUCAGUGCGAACAUCCUUCAGGGUAAUAUUCCACCAGCCUUUGGUAACUUGGCUUCCCUCAAGGGCCUUAAUUUAGCUUACAAUUUCCGUCUUCAAGGAGGAAUACCCACUUCCUUUAAAAAUCUGUGCAAGUUACAGAAUUUAAUAUUGUCAGGCAUUAAUAUCAAUAAAGAUUUAUUAGGACUCGAUGAAAUUUUUUCUGGUUGCAUCAAGAUGAGCUUAGAGAUUCUGGAACUAUCGAGUACGAAUAUUAGUGGGCAGCUACCUGAAUGGUUAUUUCAACUCAAGAAGCUUAAAUCACUCCAGUUGGUGCGAAAUCUGAUUUCUGGUCCUAUUCCUGUAUUAAUUGGACAACUAGCAUCACUUCAAGAGCUCUAUCUUGCUCAAAAUCAGUUGAAUGAAACAAUACCAGAAAGUGUGGGGUGGCUAUCUCAACUAGUCGUUUUGGACCUUGAGCACAACUAUUUGGAGGGUGUAAUGUCUGAGGCUCAUUUUGGAAACCUUACAAAAUUAAAAUACUUAACUUUAUCGUCCAACUCCUUGGCUCUGAAGGUCAAGAGCAAUUGGAUUCCUCCCUUCCGGCUUGAAUCCCUUUGGAUGGGCUCUUGCAGACUGGGUCCUGAGUUCCCUGCAUGGCUUCAGUCGCAAAGAAAUAUUUCAGAAAUUGCUAUGUCUAAUGCUAGUAUUAUUGAUGCUAUGCCAAGCUGGUUUUGGAGCUUAAUUUCCACAGCAGAGUACGUGAAAAUCUCCGGCAAUCAGAUCAGCGGCCACGUACCCAAUUUAUUGCAUUUAAACAACUUCGUCGAUUUGGAUUUAAGUUCAAACUACUUCGAUGGUCCUCUUCCGUAUUUUCCUCCUGGAAUGAUAUUUUUAGAUUUGUCAAACAAUUCAUUCUCUGGAACAAUUUCACGUGGCAUCAUCAUGAAUAUGCCUAACCUCAUAUAUUUAUCGCUUUCGGAAAAUAAUUUAAGUGGCCAAAUUCCCUUCUCUAUAUGCCAACUGCAGGUCUUGUGGGUUCUUGAUCUUUCGAAAAAUAUGUUUUCAGGAGAGCUCCCCAAUUGCUGGAAUAAUUCUUCUAGUAUUGCAGUUAUGGAUUUUUCAAGCAACAACAUUUCUGGAGUUAUUCCUGAGUCAAUAUGUUCCAUAGCAUCGCUUAAGUCGUUACACUUGAGCAAUAACAAACUAUCUGGAGGGUUGCCUUUGUCCAUGAAAGAUUGUAAAGAAUUAUUUCUUCUUGAUGUCGGUCAUAAUGAUUUGAAAGGUGAAAUUCCAAACUGGAUAGGUGAAAGUUUAACUCGUCUGAAGUUCCUCAAACUGCGAUCAAAUAUGCUGGAUGGAGAUAUUCCUCAAAAUCUUUCAAGAUUAAGUGCUCUUCAAAUGCUGGACCUUGCAGAUAAUGAGCUGUCGGGAACUAUUCCAUUGAGCUUUGGAAAUUUUACUGCCAUGAAAGUUUUAGGAAAGCUUUCGAGUUGGAAGAUUGAUGAAAUUAGGUAUACGGAGCAUAUGUUUAUAACAAUUAAAGGAAACACUCUAGACUAUGACAAGUCGCUUUCGCUUAUAAAUAUCUUGGACCUCUCGGAUAAUAACUUAUUUGGAGGAGUACCCGAAGAACUCACAAGUCUUUCCGGCUUAAUCAGCUUAAAUUUAUCUGGAAACCAUUUCACAGGAGAAAUCACUGAAAAUAUCAAUAAAUUACAACAGUUGGAGUCUCUUGACUUAUCAAGGAAUAACUUUUCUGGCACAAUUCCUUCAAGCCUCGCUUCCCUGACUUAUUUAGCUCACUUGAACCUCUCAUACAACAACUUGUCAGGGGAAAUUCCACUUGGUAAUCAACUUCUGACCUUCGAUGAUCCAUCUAUUUAUAUUGGCAAUCCUGGUCUUUGUGGGCUUCCUCUGAAUCAAAGUUGCAAAGACAAUGAAACAGCACAUGGUCAAAGUAAUCCAGAUGAUAGAGAUGAGAAUGAGAUGAUAUGGUUCUACACGAGCAUGGCACCAGGAUUUGUUGUUGGUUUCUGGGCAGUCUGGGGUACCUUAAUACUUAACAAGAAUUGGAACCUUUACUACUUCCGAUUUAUAGACAACAUGCUUGACAAAGUAUAUGUGUUUACCGUACUGAAAGUUUCUAGGAUCAGAAAAUGUUGUUAUUUCCAACAAGGAUGAUAAAUUUGAACAUCAAUAUCUGCUGUAUGAGAGUUCUAUCUCGUUAAUAUCAUAUCAUCAGCUUGAAUAAAA